AUGACAAUUAUUAAACAUUUAAUUAUCACUUUAUUAUUUUUAAAUUAUUUUGUAAUAAUAUCAAAUACAUAUAUUAUAAGAGAUAUCACACCACUUGGAAAUUACAAUAAAGAGAAUAUACAAUAUGCACUCAAUGGUAAAUGCUCAUUUAAAAAGUUAAUAUUAUGUGUUCCCGAAGAAACCGAGGAAUGUGACAAAUUAACACUAAAUAUUCAAAAUGUAUUUACCGGAAUAUUGUAUUCAAAUAGUUCUGCAUAUAUUCAUUCAGUUCUAGUUGAUGGAAUCGGUGUUGGUACACAAGAAAUUAUUAUAAAUACAAAAUCCACAUAUUCCCUAGAAUGUAGAGACCUUAAUAAUGUUAUUGAAGUUUCGAAUUUUGGGUAUUCACCUUCUAAUUAUCAACUUCAAAAUUUAAAGCUUCCAGGCUAUAAUCAAGGUGUUUUAAUUUCUUUUGAUACAAAUACAGUUGAGUAUGAUUCCUUUUUAUUAUUUAAAUUGGAUGGGUCAGAGAUUACUACUUUUAGUUAUCCAAUUUAUGGUGAUUUAAACCAAACAACAUUCUUGGUUCCAAUGGGAAAUUUUGAUGCAGUUGCUCCAACCGAAAUAUAUUCUCAAAAUAAAGACUCAUUGAAUUUAGUAAACAGUAUAAAUAGUCCAAUUAUUAACCAAUAUUAUUUUGAUCCUAAUGCACAGAUUGAAGAUGAUGGUUUUCUUAACAACACCAUUGAAGACAAACCAAUAGUAUCGGUGGAAUUUUCUGGUAAAUCUAAAUACCUUUUAACCAAUUUUAUAAUUAGACUAUCCGAAUAUGCUUCAUUUUCAAAACCUUUCCCAUAUGGAUUUGUUGGUGGGAAUAGUAAUUCUUUUGUUUAUAGAAUUGGUUUUUUGGUCUUUUAUAAAGAUAUAGCUCCUAGAAUAAUAUUUAUAAAAUCGGAUCUUAAUAUCCCAGGUCAAGUUUUAAGAUCAUAUGAUAACAUUAAUGAAAAUAUUGGAGAUGAUUCAAAACCACCAAUUAUUUAUAGUAUUGAAAAGCUUCAUAUUAUAUCAAAUUUAUAUAAAUAUACAAUCAAAGCAGAAAUUCCAAAUGGUUUCUUUAAUUUUAGAGGAGGUUCAACAUCUUUGGGCGCUGAAACAUUGGUAUCUGGUACUUUUGAAAAUGGGAUUUUCGAAUUUGUAGCUUCACCAAAUAUUUUCCCAAUUAAUAUAUAUGACAACAUUGGAUUAAAUUUAGAAAUUUCAGAUUCAAUGGUAGUUAAUAUAAAUCCAAUUGAAAUUUUCGAAGUGCCACUCAGUGAUAAUAUUGAUAUUUAUUCCAUUCAAAAUGUAUCAUUUUUAUAUAAUGAUAUUAAUGUAACAGAUACAAGAGUAUAUAAUGUUUUAUAUUUUAGCUAUAACUCUUUGGUUCCAAAAGAUACAGUAUUUGUGUUGGUUCCAUUGGGAGGUGUAAUUCAAGAUGUAGCAAAUCCCAUUAACUCAUCUAAUGAAAAUAUGUUUUAUUCAUCAUACAACUAUCAAAAGAACUCAUUUGAAAUAGAGUUUUAUAUCGAAGAAAAUUCCCAAGUGGAAAUGGAUUUAAGAGGUCCUGUAAUAAAAAGCUUCAAGUCUUUUGGUCCAAAUAUAGAUUCAGUAAAAACAACUGAUUAUAUAGUAUAUUCAUUCUCAGUUAGCGAUCCAAUAAAUGGUUUUAGCAAUGGUUAUUUUACAGUUAGAGGUGAUUCUGAUCUUUCCACCUACAACCUAACAUUUACAAUUAAAGAUGUUUUACCAGGUGGCGACAAUUAUUUGGGUAAUUAUGAACUCAAGUUUAAAGUUUCAUAUCCAUGUAUAUCCCAGGAUUUUGUUAUUACAGAAGCUGCAUUAUACGAUACAAUGAAUAAAAAAUCAUUCUUCUCAAUCUUUUCAUCCAGUGGAAUUUAUUCAUCGGUAAUGAAUCCAUUUGCUGAUCUUUUAAACCCUGAUACUGCAUUUAAUGUAAUUAGAGCCUCCUGUGUAGCCGACCCAGAUGCAAUCACGGACACCAAACCACCAGUUUUAGUAACAUUCCAACCAUCAACUUUAUUAAUUGAUACCAGUAAAGCCAGUAGAGAAUUAACAAUUAAAUUUAGUGCAUCAGAUGAAGAAAGUGGUAUUAAAGAUAACCAGUAUCCAAUAGUUUAUUUAACUACCGCAGGAAAUAUAGUUACUGAAUGCAAAUCCAACAUUAUACUCAUUACCCCAAUUGUAGAUACACCUUUUGGUAACACUAUAGACUAUUCAUGUACAAUUCAACUACCUUUAGGCUUUGCAUACCCAACUGGAUUUGCAUUGUCAGUUUAUGGUCUAAUUAAUAACAAUGGAUAUCACAGUGGUUAUUCAAGUAAUGACUUAUCAUAUCACUCUUUCCCAUAUUUUGUAGAAACAUCAUUUAGUACAAAUGAUCCAAAUUUAGAAAGUUAUCAUAGAGUUUCAGAAAAAGGUGGAGAUUUAUGGAUAUUUGGAAGAGGAUUUUCUGAACCACUUAAAGCACAUAUUCAAUUUAACGAUGGUUCAACCCAAGAGAUUCAAGCAUCAACUAUACAUCCAACAGCAAUAAAGUUAUCUAAUGUAGCAGCAACUAGUACACCCUAUGAACUAUAUAUCACAAGUAAUUCGAUUGUAUCAAAUACUAUAAUAAUCGCACCAACAUUUUUUGGCUACACACCAGAAGAUGAAUCAUCAGCUGAAACCCCAACCGAAACCCCAAUACCUACAAAUAAACCACAACAAUGCUUGGGAAAACCACAAUGCGGAGGUCCAUCACAUGGUAUAUGUAUUGAAAAUCAAGGUUGUGUUUGCUAUUCACCUUGGUUUGGAAAUGACUGCUCAUCUCAAAUUAUUAUAGUUGAUCCCCCAAAAUCGAACGAUUCCUCACCAUCCACUAAUAUUACAUUACCAGGCAAUAACGUCACAGCUACAUACAAAUCACUUAUUACACUCGUAUCAAUUAGAGAGAUUAAUAUUUUUGGUGAUGUUCUUUACGAGAAACCAUUCGAAAAAUGGAUAUUAAAGCAAGAGGAUGAAACAACCUUCAUUUAUACCACAACUUUGGAUAUCAAAAAAAGUAGCAAUAAAACCGGCACUACAGACAUCAAAGCAACAUUAAAAUGGUUUGUAAAUGAAACAACUAUAUCGUUUGCAAAUGAAAAAUUUAAUAUCAGUAAAUCAUCUAUGAAAUACACCAUCGAUAUUGGCGAAUACCCAUUCGAAAACACAUUAAACCAGCUAGAACUUGUAAUGUCAGCUCAAAUCGAAUCAAAUACCAACGAUACGAUUUGUUCUGUUAGAGAGUUUGGUGAGACCACAAGUGGCGAUAAUUCAAACUAUGUAAAAAUUCAAGUUGACGAUCACUCAUUGUAUGGUAGAUUCAUAAAAAGAGGUAUCAUAGACUCUUAUAUAAAAGCAAUCUCUAAUGUAUUAUUAGAUAAAGAUAUGAAACCAAUAUCAACAACAAAAUCACUACAAUCUUUUAUUGGUAUACAAAUACCCAACUUCAAACAAUCUGUAGUUUUAGACCCUGAUUUUUCAAUUCUUUUAGAUUCAAAUUCAGCAUCAUCAAAAUCAGGCUCAAUAUGUCCAAGCUCGAAAUUAAGCGCAGGCAAAAUUGCAGGUAUAGCUAUAGGUUGCACCGCAUUUGUUACUGUAAUAUCAAUAUCAAUAAUUUACUCUAUCAUUAAGAAAAGAAAUAAUAAAAAAUUCAUUUCAAGUAUAAAUAAUAAAAUGAAUGAAAUGAAUAAUGAUAAAUUAUAA